AUGAACGAUUCAUCGACGUCCAACAGAAAAGCACUUUUCGAAGAGGACAAGGACCUCAAGGUGAACAAGCGGGCGGAUGCGCUACUGGAGCGGAAACAGCAGGAGGCUGAGUUUGAGCUGGAAAAACUGCAGGCCGAGGAGCGUGGAGAGGACUUUGAUAGAAAACGAGCAUGGGACUGGACAGUCAAGGAGACGGAGGAAUGGAAGGAGAAGAAGGAGCGCAAGCGAGAACGUGAAAGCCAAAGUGGUGUCCACGACAUGUCUUCGACCGCGCAGAGAGCAUACGAGAAAGAUCUGGCCAGUUUUAAGCCCGAUCUGGAGACAUACGAGAAGGAAAAGGAGACUGGCUUACAUCAUACGCCGUCUUUCAACCAUAAACCCACACCUGAGGCUCUGGAUCGACUCGUGAACGGACUCACCAAGGGCGACAAGCAGCGAAUGAAGCGACGGAAGCAGGCAGGAGCCGACGAUCAGCAUGCAACGUACAUCUCCGACAAGAACAAGCAGUUCAACGAGAAGCUCAACCGACAGUACGACAAGUACACCAAGGAGAUCAGAGACAACUUUGAGCGAGGAACAGCCUUGUAA